AGAGAAGGCGCCGGCUGGUAACAAAAGUCUGCGGCGGCGGAGGGAGCGCGCGUUUGUUUGGAGAACAAAUUUGGUCGCAAGUGGCCGCGAUUCACCGCCAGGGGGAGGAGGGAACAAACAAGAGGGAAAGCCUGAAAAAGAACCUGGUUUGCGAAGAGCGCUGCCACUCCCCGGCCAGCUCUGCAGAAAGGAGCGCGUCUCUCUGCUUUGGGCUGUACAACAUCACUUUCCCUGUGUCCCCUCGACCGAUUUGGUGGAUUAUAUCUGAAGCUGCUGCCGCCCUUCCUCGGCGUCACGUCAUCUUGUGUUUUUUUUUUUUGAGGCUCAGUUUUUCCUUUUGGAUUCCAAGUUUGUCUACAUCUUCUUUGCAAAAGGCAGAGGUGGGGGAGAGUCCAACGGAAAAGGAACGGCUUGGAGGUUAUAAAAGUCUCCCCUCCACCCGCCGCCGUGGCCUUUUAACAGGCAGCGCCGAACAUUCUCUUUGUCUCUUUCUCCUCCUCCGACCCUCCCCGGCCCAAACAUUUUUCUGUGGUUCGACAUGGUGGGUGUUGGGAGGAAGAGGACGACGAGAGUAUGAAGUCGGCAGGAUGGGAGCGAACAAUGGCAAGCAGUACGGCAGUGAUGGUAAAGGCAGCUCAAGCAUCUCAUCCGACGUGAGUUCAAGUACAGAUCACACCCCAACCAAAACUCAAAAGAAUGCCGCUACCAGUGAAGAUUCUGACCUGAGCAUGCGUACUCUCAGCACGCCAAGCCCAGCACUAAUAUGUCUGCCAAAUUCACACAUUUUGCAGAAUGGCAGAGGAUCUUCCACAUCUUCCUCUUCAGUCACUGGGGAGACCAUUGCAAUGGUUCACUCACCUCCUCCAACCCGCCUCACCCAUCCUCUCAUCCGGUCUGCCUCCCGGCUUCAGAAGGAACAGGCUAAUAUCAACCGGCUCCCAGACCAUUCAGUGAUCCAGAUAUUCUCUUUUUUGCCCACCAACCAGCUGUGCCGGUGUGCCCGUGUGUGUCGUCGCUGGUAUAAUCUUGCUUGGGACCCGCAUCUCUGGAGGACUAUUCGCCUGACAGGCGAGACAAUCAAUGUGGACAGGGCUUUGAAGGUUCUGACUCGGCGACUUUGCCAGGACACACCGAACGUCUGUCUAAUGCUGGAGACGGUAAUUGUCAGUGGCUGCAGGCGGCUCACAGACAGAGGACUCUAUACCAUUGCUCAAUGCUGUCCGGAACUGAGGCAGUUAGAGGUGUCAGGCUGCUAUAAUAUUUCCAACGAGGCAGUUUUUGAUGUGGUGUCACUGUGUCCAAACCUGGAGCACUUGGAUGUUUCAGGUUGUUCCAAAGUUACAUGCAUCAGUUUAACCCGUGAAGCUUCCAUCAAAUUGUCUCCUUUACAUGGUAAACAGAUUUCUAUCCGCUAUCUGGACAUGACUGACUGCUUUGUCCUUGAAGAUGAAGGACUGCACACCAUUGCCGCCCAUUGCACUCAGUUGACACACCUCUACCUGCGCCGCUGCAUCCGCAUCACCGAUGAAGGUCUCCGUUACCUGAUGAUUUACUGCACGUCCAUCAGGGAGCUGAGUGUGAGCGACUGCCGCUUUGUUAGUGAUUUUGGCAUGCGUGAGAUUGCAAAGCUGGAGUUGCGCCUGCGGUACCUCAGCAUCGCCCACUGUGCCCGCAUCACUGAUGUAGGUAUCCGUUACAUCACCAAGUACUGCAGCAAGUUGCGCUACCUCAACGCACGGGGCUGUGAGGGUAUCACGGACCAUGGACUGGAGUAUCUUGCCAAAAAUUGCACAAAACUCAAGUCACUAGACAUUGGGAAAUGCCCUCUGGUCUCCGAUGUUGGCUUGGAGUUUCUGGCUUUGAACUGCUUCAGUUUGAAGAGACUGAGCCUGAAAUCAUGCGAAAGCAUCUCUGGACAAGGCCUGCAGAUUGUAGCCGCCAACUGCUUUGAUCUGCAGAUGCUGAACGUGCAGGACUGCGAGACCUCAGUGGAAGCUUUGCGGUUUGUUAAACGUCAUUGCAAGCGCUGUAUUAUAGAGCACACCAACCCUGCCUUUUUCUGAAAUGACACCUCACACUUGUCGAUGAAAGCAAAGUAUUAAAAAUGUCUGUAUGUACAUUUGCACAGUAUGUCCAUGUACAGUAACUGUGCUUUCUCUGUGCCAGAGGCAGAAAACAGAGAGCUUUAGCAUCUACACUUGGUCCCUAAGACAUCUUUCAGCAGCCUUGUUCAAAUGUUGAAAAUGCCAGCAUUUGGUAUUUGAAAAGCAUAAUUCUCUAGCCUUUAUGGUUACUGAGAUACAUGACAGUAGGGUAUACGUACAGUUCAGAAAGCAGAACGCAAGUAACAGAUGUCCCAGUUUGACUUCAAAUGCCAUGGGUCCUGAUCCAGCUAAAGUGAAUUGUGACUAAGGCUGCAAUCCUAUACAUACUUACCUGGGAGUAAACUCCAUUGAAAAUAAUGAGCUUUUCUUCUAAGUAGACAUGCAUAGGAUUGUACUGGAAAUCCCAUUGAAACAAAUGGAAGAAGGCAUGACAAGUCUCGUUGCUUUCAACAGAACUUUGUCACAGGUACCUUUUAGCUGAAUUGGAGCCAUAAUGUCUUAGCCCAUUUUAGCAUUUGAGAGAUUGUCAAGUUUGUCUGUUUUAGUUUUGGUUUUACAUUUUUGGUGCCAAGAUUACAGUUUAAAGAACAGUGGUGUCAAAACAGAAGUGCAAUAUGUCCAUCAGCUGUGGGUUACUAGCCAUCGUAAUUAUGCAAGUGUCAGCAAACUAGCUUUGGUGCAUAUGUAUGUUGAAUGUGACUUUCAGUGCUGAACAAAUUGCCUGCCCCUGCUUUUUGCGUCUCUCAGGAGUCCUGUGGAGAGCUAUUCUCUAAAAGUGAAACGUGUCAUAAGCCACCUUCCUUUAACUCAGAUUGCAUCCGUUUCCUUCCAUCCGGAGGAAGCAUAUGCAUAACUUAAUCAAGUAUUCUCACUACAGCCUUUUCCCUCAAAGGCUGCACAUGGUGUAGCUCUUGCAACACUCUAUUCUAGAAGACCUUCCUUCCUCCUCAGUUUAUCUAAAACAAGGAUGGAGAACCUGAUGCCCGCCAGAUUUUUUUUGUGUUUUGUUAUGCGUUGCUGAACUUUGAUGGGAGCUGGAGUUCAACAACAUCUGGAAAGCCACAAGUUCCCAUCCCUGAUCUAAAAGGAUGUGGGUCUUCUCUCAGACCCCUGGAAGCUCUUGUGCAUCUCACAGCUCUCCUUCACAAUACAGGAGUAAUUCCUUUAUCAUUGUAAUUCAUAAUCCUGACCUGCAAUUCCAGCCUGUUCUCCUCAUCCCCUCAGGAUUUGCUUGCCUUGUCUCUUUCUAUUUAACACAUGGGUGGCCAACCUAUGCUGCAGAUGCCACAAGCAGAGAACCCCUAAGGUUUACCAUGGCACAACCAGGCCUUGUAUUUCUGCCUGGCUCUGGUAUUAUUGCCUGCUCCUUGGUUCAGUACACUAAAAACACAGCUAUGCGGAGGCUCACGAGGCUGUGUAUGUCCCAAAGGUACCAAAGGUCUGUUUAUCAUUCUGUGGACAAAGCCUAACCCUUUCGCCUUUCUCAGUGGAAUAGGCAACAUAUGAAAGGUUAGCACGGGGAGGUGCUCCCAAUAGUAAUUCAUACAUGGCUGGGCCAAAACAAUGUAAUGGAAUCGUUGCUCACGACACUUUCAGUCCUCACCCAACACUUUCAGUUAAUACCUGUAGUGCCUCCAGAACAUGAUGUGAAAGUAAACUCAAUAUUAAACAUGCCCAUCAUGUUUUUUAUUAGUCUGACAAGACAGUAUGAAGCAUUAGCUUCUUGGGGAGGUUUAAAGGCAGUUCCUUAUUAUUCAUGAGUUCUGAAGGAAGUGUUUUGAAAAAUGUGAAGGACCUAAGGUUGGAGGUUCCUUAACCUUCAUUGGGCUAAGCCAGCUCUCGUGUAUCCUGCUUCCCUUUCCCACUCCUCUCCUCCUGCUGCCCUCUGUGCCUUUCAAGUGCUUCACUGUUCACAUUCCAUCCAUGCAGGCACUUUCGAAUUUCUUCAUAAAUCUAUAAAUAUCCCCAUAGAGGGGAAGGGGGAAAGGAGAACAGAGCAGGCUUUGCAUAUAGACUGAAGUCACAAUAAUCCAGACCAGGGAUUUCUCUUCACACACCUUUUUUUUUUAGCAGCACGAGUUUUAAGUGGGGAAAAUAUUUCCCUCUUUUCAACUGGUAGUUUUCAGAGUGAUAAUAACUGCAACUAUAUUUCCCCCAAGUGUUUAUGAUGCAAACAGCAACUAUUAAAUGUGUGCUAUAUUACUUAUGCCCCAAAAACCCCAUGGGUGUGGCAGAUCUGAAUGAAGCCCAUAGGUACAUUUGAGGAGGCUUAGCCCAUUCUUUCUUUAUGAAUAACAUUUAAGAAAACUGUGCUGUCUCUAGAAGGCCUACUGUAUUGUAGAUGCUUUUCAAAAGCUUGGGAUUUAAUAAAGCAAAAUAGAAACCAGUUUAUCCUAUUAAACUGGAGAAGUCCCCAAAUAUUAAAAGUCACUAGAGCUUUAGAAAAAUACCGCCUGUUGGUGCAUUCAGACAGGGAAACUGCAAAGCCUACAUACCCAGUGUGUUUGAUAGCUGCAGUUUGAACAAUAGCAAUCCUAUUUUAUUACCAAAGGUUCUUAAGGCAAUAGGUUUUAUUUUUAUUUUUGUACUUUUCAGUGGCAAAAUUCUCAUAGUAAUAUCAUUUAGGAACAACAGACAUUGUAUACUUGUUUCUCAAUGGCAUAGGUGCCUUGUGCUGUCAAAAAUACUUGGGCUCACAUUUUCUGUUUCUUUGUCUGGACCUAGAGAUAUUUUCCAGGCAGUAAAACAAUUCACCUAUGAAGUCAUAGCCUUGGGAACACUGAUUUUGGAUGCUGUAUACUCUAGCUCAGCCUUUCCCAACCAGUGUGGCUCCAGAUGUUGUUGGACCACAAUUCCCAUCUUUCCUGACCAUUGGCAAUGCUGGCUGAGGCUGAUGGGAGUUGUGGUCCAACAACAUCUGGAGGCACACUGGUUGGGAAAGGCUGCUCUAGCUCAAGAAAACACACAAAUGGCAGGGCAAUUGUUAUCACUUUUGCAGCAUUGCAGACCUAAAGGGCAAUGCCCUGUAUGGACUCUCAUUAAUCAACACGAUUGCCCUUCUCCAGCAAGCUGUGGUAGGCAUGGAAGCUCUAGUCUUACCCCAUGAGUGUCUUGUAAAGGAAUAGCUGAAGGUGCUAGUAUUUAUGAACAAGCCAAACUUUACUCAGCCCAGAUUACUAAGUGUGUUUAAAAUCAUGACUGAAAAAUACUAAAUGUUUAGGGGAAAUCAUGACACUGUCAGCCUCAGAAAUCACCUCUCAAACUCAAGAACCUAAAGGUCAGAGAAUUACUGCCUUUCAUAUUUGACAUAAAUAUUGGAGCUUUCUUUUCUUAUAAUCAGUGGUUUUCAGACUUUCUAGCUUCAGGAAAAUGCUGUCCUCAUUGACCCAUCUCCUGAGGAACCCUCAGCACAACUGCCAUGGAACCUCUAGGUGUUGCAGAGAAUCCCAAGGAUGCGCAUUUCAGGAUGCGUACUAGUUCACACAAGCCAUUGACUUGGCAUGUUGAGCCUCACCAUUGCCCCCCAUGAACUUUGUGUGUAACCUAAAGCACUCUCUUGUAGCUACAGGUUGCAGGGGACAGCUCUUUGAUUUAAGAGAAACUGCUACCUUCAUUCUAGAUUACUAAGAGCUUUCAAAGACACAGACAUUAAGAUUAAUACCCAAAAGUUGCCUUUGGAAAGCUUGCAGAAUUUUCCUAUCAUCCCCUUCUUUGAUUCCUUAUGUGAGACCAUUUCAAAGAUACUCUGCCUUUUGGUAAAUGCUUUCCCAUUUUAUGUCUGGCAAGGCAUUCCCUGUCCUUCAAUAUGAAAACCAGCCAUAGGUGAUUAUAUCUCCAGAUGGACUGCCCUGUGCGCACAUGACAACUGGUUUAUGAGUGAAGGCUCAGAUGCUGAAAACAUCUCUUAUAGGGAGAUGUGGGAAGGGAAACACCCUGUCUGGUUUUCAUUUUUAAAAAGGGGGAGGGAAUAGCUGUACUGGAGACAUUAAGAAGUGACACUGAUAUGGAGGGAAAUUCCAUUUAUAUAAAGAAAGAAAACAUAAUCAUGAAUUCCUGUAGUAGAGUUCCCUUGGAGCAGGACUAGCGAAUGUGGUUCCCUCCAGAUACUGCCGGACUACAACUCCCAUCAUUCCUUACCAUUGGCCAUGUUGCCUCGGGCUUAUAGGAAUUAGAGUCCAACAACAUCUGGAGGGCACCAGGUUGGCUACCCCUGCCUUAAGUAUAAUUCUGCAAAAUGAAGCUCUUUUACAUCCCAGUGGUUGCAAUUAGAAGGUUAAAGGAUGUGCUUAAAUCUCUCCUACUAAAACCAAUGGGAAAAGUGGAGAAGCUUUUGGAAUGAUUAUUUAUAUGUGAACUGUGAAGCCUUCCAUAUCUGCAUAGGUAUAUGUGUGUAUGACCACGUCCAUUCCUUCUGUACAAUACUGUCUUUCCAUGGACCAACUGAUAGCAUUCUAUAGUUUUCUUCUACAAAUGGAUCAUCUCUGUCCAAAAAUGAUAAAGGCGAAGUGGUGAUGGGGAUCACCUCGAAGAAAGCCAUUCUGGGAUAUACUAUAAUAUACCAGCUAACAUCCAUUUAAUUUCUUUUCUCUUUCCAUUUAAAAGGCGACUACUUAGUAUGAUGUUACCUUAUCUCUGCCAGCUACUCUCUUCACUCACUUAGCUCACUGUAAGGAAAGAUUUAGACUUAAGAUUUGGACCCUGUCCUGAAGGGAAAGUGGUUGUGAUCUGAAUUGUGCCUUUUGAACCUGUAAGGUCUCUCAAGCAAGAUUUAAGGGUGUGGUUUUCUUCUUUCUUAAAAAGAAGGUUGGUAUCUUGCUGGCUGUGCUAAAUGGAAAAGGAAAACAGUACUUGGUUCCAAAAGGGCUUUAAUGUUUAGAUUGGUUUGUACUAUGUGACUCACUAUAAAGCCUUAAUUUACUACUACCAAGAAAUAAAGCAAUAUAUUGGUAUAA